AUGCCUUCAUCACCUGUAUCGCCAGACUGUCUCAAACAUAUAGCGAGCUGCAAGAAAGCCUUAGAAAAACCAAGGGCCCAAAGCACAUGGUCAAUCGGAGACAGUGACCCGGAUCCAUCUCUACCAGAAGAAAAGUGGCCGACGGCUAUAAAUCCACAGCAGGGGGAGGAACGUCAGUGGCCGCCCUUAGGCACCCGCCUGAGCGACGCGUGGGCCAUACUGGCUAUAAACGAACUAUCUACUGCAGAUAGAGCACACUACUAUCCUGCGGAUUUCGACCACCAGGGCAAUCUUCGCAAGACCCGCGUCCCCACCGGUGAAACUUUUGUUUUCUAUGCGCAUAGCAACUUUUUCUUCCCCGUUUAUCGUCGCACCCACAUCCUUUGCGGCCAGUCUGGCCUGCCAUUUAACAUCUGGCUUCUGAACACGCAACGCUCUAUGAGUGACGGUAAAACAACCACUACUACAAUCGAAAUAGGCCCUGUCGUUGCACACAGCAAAGCAGUCGAUAAACCAAACAUUAUCAUAGACAUUACUCAACACACCCCGUAUACCGACCCCUACUGGAAUUUCGUUACUCCAAAGUGGACAGGCCACAAAGAGGACCGUAUUCUGCUUUACGGAGAAUCCGAAGCCGAGAUUACUACACUAGAUACUCUACUGAAGAAGAAUCAGUUAUCAGACUUUGUUGUCCCUGAAGAUCCGGAGUCAGAUCUACUACCAAUUCGCACAGCGUCUACGUCUACAUCUAUUGGUCGUCAAACCAGAGCUAUGGUAGCUAACAAGCGCCCAAGUACCCCAGGUGCAACACCAACCCCGAAGAAAGUUUUCAAACCACCUGUUCCUCACACUCUCAAACCAUCUACUACAACAAACACUGCGUCAAUGUCUACCGACCAUGAUCCCACACCAGAGCCUACCAAUGCUGAUCCUAAGCCGCAAAACACCUCGUCUACCGAUGCCGAUUCUAUACAAAACACCUCGUCUACCGAUGCCGAGCCUAAACCAAACACCUUGUCAACCGAUGCCGAUGCUGAUCCUAGACCUACACCUGAACACACCUUAAAGGUCUCUGUCUCCAAUCUUGUUAUACGAGGCGAUGAAGCUCUCAAACUACGUCACGAAAAUGCAGCUAUUGCCGACACAUUGAUAUCCCUCUCAAACAGCGAAAAGCGAAGGCAAGUUAUCUGGGACAAUGCUCUUCGCAGAGAUGAAGUUCCACGAAACGACGAAGCUUUCAGACUACGUCUAGAAAAUGAAACAAUUGCGGACGCGCUUAUAUCUCUCUCGAACGGCGAAAAACGAAGGCAAACAAUCUGGGACAAGAUUCUUCGCAGAGUUGACAAAGACAUCGCCCCUACUACACUACCAGAAGAGACUGCACUACCAGAAGAGCCUAACAACGGUUAA